GCUUGUUUUGUGUACUCUAAAACUCUUCUGGACUUCGAAUGAUUAUGAGAUGUUGCUGAGGAGUCUAAACAUGUAUUGGUGGUGCUGCCUGUUUCAAAUUUAUCUUUCCUUCUUCGUCAGAGUUGCUCAUGGACAAGAAAACAAUACAAGUCCAGUUUGUCUCAAAGAAGAAUUUAGCUGCCAUGAUGGAACAUGUAUUGCUGAUUCAUUAAUUUGUAAUGAUAUAGAAGACUGUGCCAACGGACUUGAUGAAGUGUUAUGUAUUGAAAGGCCAUUAACCGGGUGCCCACCUAAUGAGAAAUCAUGUGGAACCACUCAAAAUUGUUAUCCACUGGGCAGAGGCUGUGAUGGUAUUAAUGAUUGUAUCAAUGGAGAGGAUGAAGUAAAUUGUGCUCAAAGGUCCAACAGUCAAUGCCUUGUAUCACAAUUUGAGUGCCCAGCUAAUGCCAGCAUUGGUGGUUCAUCAGUAUCUUUUUGUGUACCAUUAAGAAAGGUGUGUGAUUGUGAGUUUGACUGUCCUGAUGGUGCUGAUGAAGAAAACUGUGCACCUUUUAUUGUUACUAUGCAACCAGACUUGACACUGACAGAGUUUGCUAAUUCAACUGCUGUUCUGAUGUGUCAAGCAGUAGGAUAUCCGACACCAGUCAUAACAUGGUUGAAAGACUUGAAGGACCUUGAAAUUGACUCUAGAUUUAUUGUUGUGUCUGUGAAUGGUAGUGGUAUUUUGUACAUUAGGAAUGUAUCUGUUUAUGACGAAGGGGUUUAUUCUUGUGUUAUAUCACAAUCUAGUUUACGAUCUACAAUUGCUAAUGUCAGUACAAAUUUAACAGUCAUUGAUGCUAAUCGACAAAGUUGCAGAGACGUAUUUAGUACUGUAUAUCAAAGUGGAGAUAUAUACUAUGACAUUGAAACAAUUAUUGAUCAAACUGUUGUUAACACUUCCGCUACUGAUAUUACAUUUAUCGUUGAUGAAUCUGGAUCAAUGGAACGUGCUCACAUGUGGGUGAGAGAAAUUGUACCUCUUUUAGAAUCAUCUAUAAGAGGUCAAGGUGUUGGUAUUAGUGAUAAGCCUAACCAAUAUGCACUUGUUGGUUUUGGAAACCGUACUUCCUUGGGUGGUAGAGUAUUAACCCAACUCACAUCAGUAGAUGGCUUUGUUAAUGCUACUCGAAUGUUUGAAACUGAUGGUAUAUUUGAAGAUGGUUACAGUGCUAUUUUGUUUGCUUUGAAUAAUAUUCCUAAUCGUAUGAAUACAACUCGGCUAUACAUAUUAGUUACUGAUGAGGCUAGACAAGCGUUACCUAACUCUAAUUUUACAAGACAACAAAUUGAAAGGAGAUUAAUUGAGGAAAACAUUGUACUAAAUGUUGUUGUGUCACAACGCUUCAUUUAUAAUACCAGUAAUAAUGAGUCAACUGCUUUUGGAUUACAUUUCAAUGGAACAGCUUUUGCAGUUGAUCCCCUUGCUUCACUUCAGUAUAGGACAUAUAACAAUGGUGUGAUCCAUCCAAAUAGAAAUCUGAGCUCAGGUACCACUUAUGAAGACUAUGUGCAGCUUGCAUUUUUAUUGCAUGGGUCUGGAUGGUCUAUUCAAGUUUUGAAUACCCUUUCUAAUUUAACUCCAUUCUCGAAUGCUUUUAUUCAGCUGAAUGUAGAUGAGAUUGUGUUGCAAAGAAAAUGCCUUGUGUGCACUUGUGGUCGUGGUUGCACAAUUGCUGAUGCAGUUUCGAUUGAUACUUGUGCUGGAUUAGUGAGAGCACUUACAACAAGGAUUGUUCCAUCAGUUGCAUUGGUACAAAAGGGAAGUAGUAUUACAUUGACAUGUGUUACUACUGUAAGGCCUUCAUAUCUUCCUGUUAACUGGACAUUUAUAUCACAGUUUGGAUCACUGUGUAAUUCUGAUCGAGUGAGGUGUAAUGGUAAUAAAGCUUUCAUUGAAAACAUUAGUGACGGAGAUACUGGACCUUAUAGCUGUAGAGGAAGGCAUGAUACCAUUGUUAGUGAUUUUACAGGGUUGAAUAUCCGGACAGUAGUUUCUCCAGCUGUUAAUAUCUCACUUGUGCAAGGAAUUUUUAAAGCUGAUAAAUUUUUCACAUUGAGGUGUACUACUCAAGGUUCACCAAUGGCUGUCACCAAGUGGAGAAAAAUCACUGGUUCUCAAAUUCAAGGAGAUUUCCUGUUAUCAAGUGAUGUUAAUGGUGCAUCAACAAUAACAUUUAAUAACAUUCAAGCUGAGCAUACGGGAUUGUAUGAAUGUAGUGCAAUCAAUUGUGUUGGUGUCACAAGAUCGACUUAUAAUGUUACUGUUACUUAUGACACAUGCAAUAUACCUGAUGGAGCAAGACUUAGUCCUGGAGAGCAAAAGUUAAUUUUACAUACCCCAGCCAGUGGAGCUGAUAUUAUACUGUUAGUAGAUGAAUCUGGAUCCAUGAAUGAUGAGUACCAAUGGAUUGGUGCAAUGGUAAAGGAUCUUGAUAGUAUGUUAAAGAAACUCAAUAUUGGUGUAGCAGUUCCAAAUUUGUUUUCCGUUGUGGGAUUUGGAUCUUCGUAUUUAAAUAAUAGAGCGAGUAGAGUUUUGGAGUAUAAUGAAAAGAUACUUGUUCCUGCGUCAAAUGUAAGUGAGCUGAUUAAAAUGCUUUUUAUUUCUGGAAGAAGUGAAGAUGGAUAUGCUGCUCUCAAACAUGCAUUGGAUGUUAUACCAUUUCGUAGUGGUAAUGCAAAACAAUUCAUUUUGAUUUCAGAUGAAAGUAGAGAGCCCAUUCAGUUGGCUCUUAACCAGUCAUAUCUUCUAUCCCUUUUUGAGAGUGAAGAUGUAAUUCUUAAUGUAGCAGUAUCUCAAUCCUUUCAAAAUAAUGCUGGCCAAAGAGCUUUUGGUAUAGAUAGCAGCAACAGGACCUUUGCUUAUAGCCCAUUUAAUGUAUUAAAUGUUUAUAGCAAUGGAAAGUCAGUGAAGGAUUCUGCUCAUUGUAGUACAGACCUUGAUUACACAGAGCUUGCAUUGCUUUCUGGAGGAGCUGCGUGGGAUCUUAACAUACUAAGAAGUGGUGGAGAUAUAGCAAGACAUUUUACUGAUGCCUUUGUCUUAGUGAAAGCAAGAGAAAUAUAUCAUCAAAUCUCUCGAUGUAUCAAUUGUUCAUGUGAUGAAUUCAAAGGGACAGAAUGUGUUGAUGUGCCUCUGAAUAAAUGCAACUUAAGUGGAGGGUUCAAUAUUCCUGAAGUAAAUGAAACUAAUACUGAUUUGACUGUGACAAUUAUUCCAGAAAGGCAGAUGCAUAUUGAAGGCAUUGGUGAUGCGAUGGUAGCAUGUUUUGUUAAUGGAAGUACAAAUGGUACAAUUAAAUGGAGCUUCAAUGGAGGAUCCUUACCAAGGCAGGCAGCUGUCACUAAUGACAAUGCCACGCUUAAGUCAACUCUAUAUAUUUCUCCUGUGUUAAAGUCACAUAAAGGAUCAUAUUCUUGUUUUGUUUUUGAUGGUGUAAAAAAUGGUGUUGGAAAUUCUGUCAUUGAAGUUAUGAGUCAGACAUUGUUUGGGUUAGAGGUAUAUCCAAGAGAAUCUCAAAUAUCAGUCAACACAAGUCAUACCAUUGUUUGUAACACUACUGUACCUUCCAACAUAUCUUGGGAACAUAAUUAUGGACCACUACCUGAUAAUGUGUUGGUAAAUCAGAGUAUUUCAUUCUCUGUUCUAACAAUAAUUGAUGCAAACAGUGCAAUUCAUAGUGGACGAUAUAGUUGUGUUGCUGAAACCAUUACAGGAUUGUCGUCUACUGAUGCCUUAGUUUAUGUAAUUGAACAAGAACUACAAAUUUUUACAGAAGAAAAAAUUGUUGAUGCUAUAGUUGGGGAAAAUGCUACUUUAUUAUGCAAGUUAGAAUGUUGUAUUGGUGCUCAAUUAAGCUGGAGUGGAUACAAUAAUAGAGAUUUGCCUUCUAAUGCACAAGUGCGUUCAAGAAAUAAUGGUUAUAUGCUUGAGUUACAUUUUAAUAAUGUGUCUGUGGAAAAUUGUAAUCUUUAUGUUUGUGAAGGAAGAUACAAAGGAAUGAGACAGUAUGUUAGUGCUCAUCUUAUUGUAAAAGAUGCUUUUACUAUUAAAACUAACACAGAACCAUCAGUGUUACUGUACAAUGGUCAUGCAUUGUAUUAUAUACUAUGUGAAGCUAGUGACCCUGUUCAAUUCUGGUCUUGGUCAUUUAAUGAAACAUUCAAUUUAACCCAUUUCAGUGUUCUCAACAAUUCGAGGUCAAUACUAAUUUUGGAUAAUUUGACAUUAUCUGAGACUGGAUUUUACACUUGUCAAGCUCUGUCGUUUGAUGGGAGAAUUGCUCAUUUUUCAACAUUUAUUCAAGUUUUGUGCAAUGAUACUAGUGGUGUAUGUCUGUCAUCAACCACAGCUAUUACUAGUAGUACUUCCUCUGUUUCCUUUACUGUUUCAAUGUCAACAUUGACUGAAAUUAGUACUGUUAUGGCAUCGUCAGCAGACAGCAUUGUUCCAUCACCUACUAUAACUUUAUCAUCAGAUUCAACAUACUCAAUAUCUAGUUUACUCACGGGUACUGAAAAGUCAUCUUUUUCAAGCAUGGCCUUUUCUUCCUUUAAUUCAUUAUCAACGGCAGAUUUUACAUCAGCAUCUCCAUCUCCAACACUUCCACCACUUAUUGUGAACAUUAAUCCAGCAAGUGAAGUUAUUUAUAUAAUGCCUGGUGAAUCUCUUAAUAUAAGUUGCAUUACCAAUGUAGCAACUGUUAAACAAUGGUUGUAUCCUGAUUCGUCUAAUGUUGUUGUGACUAUGAUAGAUUCAUUAGUUCAGCAAUUACAAAUAAGCGACUUUUCUGUUGCUGAUAAUGAGGGAGAAUACAGCUGUAUUGCUACCAGAAAUGGAAUUAGUGUUUCAAAAAAUUUUACUAUUACAGAUGGCACAUUAAUAGUACAUGUGGAGUUUGAAAGUCAAUCACUAGAUCCAGGAAGUGAUCUUAAUGUCUCUUGUACCACUACAGUUCCAGUUACAGUCUUAGAAUGGAAGUAUCUGAGGAAUGAAAACGAACUUCCUAGCAAUGUCAGAUCAGUUAUGAUUAAUAGCAGAACAGCUGUUUUGGUAAUUGAUGGUUUUAUUAGUGGAACAAAUAAUGGUGCAUAUCGUUGUGAAGCGAUAGUUAACGAAGGAUCACAUCCAGUUUCAAAUCAAGUUCAAAUCAAUUCAAAAGAUUUUUUAAGUCUUACGGUUUCACCCUCUUCAUUUGAACGGGCAAUAUCUGAUGACAAUGAUAAUAUUAUCAGAUAUCAAUGUAGAGUAAAUUGUACAUGUGGUGGAGCCAAAGUAUUUUGGGAAGGAAAUCCUCCGCAUUACAUUCAGAAUGAUACUUCAACUGAUCCAACUAUGCGGGUGUCUACUCUUACCAUUAAUAGAUUGCCGCAACCAGGUACUUACAUAUUUACAUGUGUUAUACAACAAAAGACCCUUGGUGAGCUACGCUCAAAUGUUUCACUCAAAGUUUUUCCUGAAGCGAAAGUUGAUGUGUAUCCUGAAGAAAUUAUACGAAAUAGUGGAGAGAAUCAUACAUUUACUUGUAUAUCUAAUAGACAUGCCACAUUUCAUUGGAGUUAUGGACAAAAUAAUGGCAUGCUACCACAAGGAACUCUUGUUCAAUCAAUUAACUCGACUGUGUCACUUCUUAAAAUCAUCAAUGUUCGUAGAUCUGUGAAUACUGGCACUUAUAAUUGUCAUGCUCUUUAUUCCACUGCCGAGGUCAGAACUGAUGGUGGAAACCUUGUGGAAAGAGAGCCUGAAUCACUUGCCUUUAAUCCUGUGCGUGGAUCACUAAAUGUUACAGUUGGUUCAGAUUUCAGUGUAAGCUGUACUCUAAAUUGUUCUUGUGGUGGCUAUUCUGUUCAAUGGGUCAAUAUUGACCAAAUUGUUGGACUUAGUGUUAUACGGCAUCCAACAGGUCGUCAAGCUUUACUGCAGUCAAAUGGUGGAGCUCGUUUGUCAAUGAGUGGGGCAUACACUUGUGAAAUGAGAGGGCCAAGUUCUGGUGGUGUAGCUCCAUUUGUCCUUAGUGAAAUUUUCAUAGUGAAUGUUUUUAGCUAAUUUUUUUGUCAAUUAUUAUUGCAAUCUAAGUUAUAUUUAUUGUUGUAGAUCUAGAGAGAUUUUGUAACUGUUUUAUAUUACUCACAUUACAUUUUGUUUUAGUGGUGUUGUUGUAGUAUAACUUUAGCACAUUAACUUUUUUUAUAGAAUAUAAUAACUCCUUAUGCCUGAA